AAAUACAACAUACAACAACCUCUUAUAAUACUUUUAUUAAACAAGAAAAUGAUAAUAUUGAGUUGUUAGUUGCUGAUUUAAACUCAUUAGUCCUGUCUCAGAUCAACAAGUAUCUUGAACUUAAUAACUUGUAUAUUUCUACUAUGAAAGAAUUAAGCAAUACUAAAAUUGUUAAGUUAGUAAUUGCAGAACAGCAAUAUAAAGAAUAUAAUUCAGAUGAUUUAGAUAAAAAGCCUUUAACAAUUCUAGCUUCAAAAGGAUUAGUAGGUCUAAAAAAAUUUUUGGAGUUUUUUAAACAACCAAUAGAUCAAAAUUUUAAAUCAAAAGAUUUAAAUGUUUUUCAAAAAUAUUUAUCUAUAAUAAAGU